UUGCCUGACUUCCUGAGAAGACCUGCCUUCCUUCAAAGCAGCAGUUUCCAAUAAAAUUCUGAAGCUUAUCUCCAAGAAAAAAGAAAAUUCAAUGAAUUAAGAACAAGAAGGUUUCCAAUGAGUCCCUGCUAUGUGGAUAUUUGUUAGCAAUGACUGAUGUGGAAACUACAUAUGCAGAUUUUAUUGCUUCAGGAAGAACAGGUAGAAGAAAUGCAAUACAUGAUAUCCUGGUUUCCUCUGCAAGUGGGAACAGCAAUGAAUUAGCCCUCAAAUUAGCUGGUCUUGAUAUCAACAAGACAGAAGGCAAAGAGGAUGCACAGCGAAAUUCGACCGAACAAAGCGGGGAAGCCCAGGGGGAAGCAGCAAAGUCUGAAAGCUAACCCCCCGCUUUGACCUUCAACAACACCUGACAUGUCAGAUCUCCAGGCGUUGCUGGAGUGAGUGUUUCCAUGAGCAAAAAGGGGAAAAAGAAAAUGGCUGUGCUGCAUCACGGGAGCCUGCUCAUUAUCAUAUUAAAAAUGGAGGCAGAGGCUGUGGCUGCAGACAGACUUUUCUCCACCUCUGUCAUUAGCAAUGGUUGAAACUAUGUGGCUUGUGUUUGGAUGUCAUUUUUGUAUGGAUCCUUUCACUUGAUCAUGUGAUGAAAUGCUUGUAGCGAGUAGCACUGACCUAGAUGAUGAUUCCUGUAGCAUCUGGCCCCUUACGAUGUCAGAGGAUUUAAUUGUGUCUAAUUGCAAAGGGUUGGUUGAACCCCAGAGUUUAAAUAUCUCUGGCUCAAGUAUUUACCCAGUAAAAGAACCAUCCAGAGAGCACUGUUUUUAGCAUUGUGUAUCUGUGUGUUACCGCUGUGUUACUUACACUGUUUUGUACUAUACGAUAUAGAUGCUCAGCACUGCCCCCCUCUUUGAUUGCUUACUGAAAACAAAAAUGAUGUAUAUUACUGUGAAUUUUUAUACCACUCAUUUUUUAAAGGGCUGCUUGUUUUUUUCUUCAUAGUGUGGUGGUGUGCACAGAACAGAACACAUUUUUUAAAAAUGUAAUCUUUCCUCUUGAGCAUUGUAUAUUGAUGAAUUAAAUCUAACAGAUUCAUCAAGAUUCCUUUGCUUUAUUAUACAGACAUUUGAAAAUACCCACUAAUGUGAACAUCACUUAAAUUCAGUCUGUUUGGUUCUCUACAGACUGGAAUUUAAUCAAUUUUCUUUCAUGCCCACGUGGGAAAUUUCUCCCAUCUGUUAUUUUUAUUGUUAGGUAUGAAAAUGGGAGGGGGGAAUUGAGACAGUAGAUAAGAAAAGCCAAGAUCAUCCUAAGAACUGGAAAUAUUUUGUUCUGUGUGAUCAAAUUUCCCAGAGUGCUGUAUGCUACUAUUUAAAUUGGGAGAAAAACUUGCCUCCACCAAAUGAAAAGGGUGGAAAAAGUGACCUCCCUGCAGUCGUGUGGACACCAAUCACAACAGCCAAGCCCUCAUGUCAGGUUUUUCAUGUCUUUCUUCAGCCCUAUCAGACCCAAAUGUUAUUAUGCACUUUGUAAUGUUUGUAAACUUUUACUAUAAGUAGUGUGAACUGCACUGUAAUUAUCACCAUUAGAAGCUAACAGAAUUUUCACUGAUACUGUGGAUGACCUGUGCUGUGUUUUGACAUCAUGAUUCUUUUAUGGAAACUUUCUGUGAGCUGUGUAAUCCCUCUGGUCAGUAUCACAAAAUCAUUUGUCAGUGGUAAUAAAUAAGGUACCAGUAAUAUACCAGUGGUUUAUGAAUUACUGGGCAAAUAACAGAUAACAGGAAACGUCUUUGCAAUGAGGAGCCCACUUAGCUGUCCUGGAGGGCUCAGAUAUAGUCCCAGGUGAUCUAUGUGGUUACGCCAGGAACCCAGCCUUUCUCUGCAGUUACAGAUAGGAUGAAAGGUGGGUUGUGUACAUCACCUUUAAGUACUUUUCAUCAUCCGGGAUGAGAGCAUGGGUCUCAUUUGAUUCCAAAUCAGAAGUUACCACCAAAAAAAAAAAGCAGUGUGAGUCUUUCUGAGACCAAAAGGAUAAUUGAUUAAAUAUUAGAUUCUUUCUUCCUAUCUACCCUAUCAGUGGGCCAAAAUGCCUAGUAAAAAUUUAAACCCACCCAUUAAUAGACUCUCACCUACGAAUACAAGUUCCUGGGGCUAUUUUAGACAAUCUCUUACAGUCUGUUUCAAGCAUCCAUCCCACCGAAUUGGUUUGCCUUGACUUCACUUACUAUCUUGAUAGCUUUCUUGUGCAUCUAAGUUUUCUUCAUCCUUAAAAUCGUGGAAUUCCAAACCGAUUUCAUGUAACUCUGUGAAGUUUAGAACCAGUGCUGAGUGUGUGUGGAAGGUUUAUAUUCAGAUGUGAUGCACUGUUACUAAUGCAUGUAGUGCCACGCUUGUCUUUGAAUAUAUAAUUAGUGCUAAAUUGUGAAGUCAUAUGGAGCUUUUGAGUUAGUGUGACUCUCACUGCUACUUUGUCUGCAGUAUUGAAAGUCAGAGGCAUCCCACGCUGGGAAGAUACCAACUGACUUUCCAAAACUUCCACGUCCUAUAAAUUUUCCUUAGCAAAAAUAUGUAGUAUUUUUCAAAUUUUGCUUUGAUGCCCUUUUUCUGCAAGAUAAUAAUGCAUACAGAGCUGAUUUUAAGGAGAGAAGGAAAUGACAGGAAAAUAAGGCAGUGAUUUGACAGUCGGCAUCGGAAUCUUCUAAGUAACUAUUCCUCUGGUAACUACUUCACCUCACGUGCAGCACAUUUGCACAUUUCCUCCACAGACAACACGAUCAGAGUGACGUAUAUGAUCUCACACAGAAGGCAUAAUUUUGCCACGCCUCAAAGGCCUGUAAGUGAUGAAAGUAAUAUUUGAGUCAUGUUUGUCUGUCUUAAAGCAGCGUCCCACAGCACAUGCCGUGUUAAAGCCAGUUGCAGAGAACGUUUACCUGAAAGAGAAUUUCUAGAGAUGGAGCUGGCCGCAUUUCAGAGAAGGGAACUGAGUUCCAGAAGCUGAUUGCCUUUGUUCGGCGUUAGCUGUGUGACACACAUGCAACUGAACCUAAAAUGCGUGCUUCAAAACAAUGAUCUCUUAUUUUGGAAGGUAUGCUUCCCGGAAGAUAGAUUUCUGGCCGUGGUCUGUAAAUUCAGCACGGUUCGGAUGCUUAUGUUCUGUGCUACUCUUUUUCGCAUAAUUACCUAACAUAUGUGAAUUUCAGUUUUUGAGCCAUUUGUGACAUGUGAACUUGUCAAAUUUACCUUUUAUCAUGUAAUUAGCCCAGGCCACUGUCUAUUUACCUGAAAGUUCAUAGACUUGUUUUCCCAGUCAAUACAAGAAGCACAGCCUGUACUUUCUAGGCGAUAACGGCACUCCCCAGCAAAGCCCGCUCUACCUGUCUUGUACAUGAGUCUUCUCAGAUAUUGUGAUACUGAGCCAUUUGGAAGGAGGAACAGUCCUGCUGCGUCUCCUCAGAGAGACAGUAAUGGGUAAAGAAAUGCAACUGCAUGGCAGUUUCUGAGCGAAACUGUCAUGUUAAGGAGCAACUGGAUAGUCGUCAAGGGAAAGCGGGAAAGAUCUGUCGUUUAUGAUGUUUUAAUAGGCCCUAAAUUGUUCUUUGAUUAAAAGUGGCAGUCUCUGCAGUCAUUUGUGAGCUUGUAUGACUUUUGUAUUUAGCGAUGUUGCAUGCUCACAUAAUUGAUAUUAAAAGUAACACAUUUUUCUGAAAUGUA